AUGGAAGCAAAAGGCGUUGUAAAGUCCAGUGAGGGAAACUGGGACGGGCUGGCAUCCUGGUUUCAGGCUGCAGGGCCUGAGGCCACAGGCUUGAGUCAGGGUUGGGGGCAGGGGGUCCUGGGCUGCUCGGUCAGCAGGUUGGUGGCGACACAGCCACACGUCAGCUCACCUGGUCUCUCACCCCACAGCCUGGGACUACAGCCAGGGCUUCAUGAACGAGGAGAUGAUCCCGGACCACCUUCCGCCCCCGGAGGAGGAGCCGCUGAUGCUGAUGUGUGGCCCCCCACCCAUGAUCCAGUAUACCUGCCUGCCCAACCUGGACCAUGUGGGCCACCCCAAGGAGCGCUGCUUCGCCUUCUGAGGACCAGGCACAGUCACACGGCCACCUGCCCAGCGCCCCACGCCCCGUCCACGCUCACCCUGUCACUUCCCCACAUCGCACACUGGGGCUCUGGGUUCAGCCUGGCCUGCCCGUGCCCUGGUGCAUCAUCCGGCUCAGCAGGCCUCCUGGGGCCCCUUUGGGAGCAGGGCUCCGUCCCAGGUGGGCCACGGCUGAGCCUUCAGGGUGGGUCCUGCCGGCACUUACUGGUUCUUACCAGAGACGCCCCGCCCCAUCCCUGUCCUCGUGACCCCUCGUCCACCCCACACACACACUACAAGGCCGAGGGCUGCCAGCAGCCCCCUCGGCCCACCCUUCCCGGCCUUGGUCCACAGUCAGGAUGUCAGCAGAUGCGGAUGGGCAGUCCACAGCUGCAGGUGCCAGGGCCCCCCCCCAGCCUCACCUGUCGCCACCACUCCCGCCUCAGGGCCGGGCCCAGGCCUCAGCACCUGACACUGCAUGAGACAGCGACACCAGAAAGCCCCCUUGGGGGCGCUGCUCCCCACCCCGGGCUCUGGCCAACCAGGAGCUUGGCUCACCUCUGGCUAGAGUGGGAAGAGGGUGCUGGCCACGGACCCUCGGCAUUUCCUUCCAACCCAUCCAAACACAGAGGCAGCCUUGGGAGCCCCGAGCUGUGGGCUGGGCAGCCCACUGCACCGCCUGGUUGUUUCGGGGUCCUGGGCUGGGGCCACCAUCCCCGGCAGCAGGACUCCCAUAACCACUUGUGUUUAUUCCUGUGUCCUACACCGUCCCCUCCUGCCCUCACCCCCAGCACAGGGGGAUUCUGAGCAGUGCCUCUCGUCUGAGGGACGUUGGUGACCUCGACAUUGCCUUUAGACUACAGUUUGUGUUAGUUUCUUGUGUAUCAGCUUUUCCAGAGUCAUUUAUGAGCAGAAAAAAAAUGAAGUAAACUUUGCUAAUAUUAACCCUU